GCACCUAUACACCUCCCAUCACCUCACCGUUACCCAGCGUCCAGACUCCACUCACAACCACUGCAGCAGAUCUUACUCACAACUCUACAGCAACUCUACAGAACCCAUCAAGUCUUCACAGACAGUGCAGGAUGGGUUCUUCAGGAAUUCAGAUCGUGUGUGUGGGGCUGGGAGUGUUGGGCCUCAUCGCCGGCAUUGUUACCUGCGUCCUGCCCAACUGGAAGGUGUCAUCCUUCACCGGACAGAACAUCAUCACUGCACAGGUGCAACAGGAGGGGCUGUGGAUGGAGUGUGUGGUGCAGAGCACAGGUCAGCAGCAGUGCAAGGCCUACGAAUCCCUGCUGAUCCUGGGCUCUGACCUCCAGGCCGCCCGUGCCAUGACCAUCAUCUGCUGCAUGCUGACCGCCAUCGCCCUGCUAGCACUGUUCGCCGGCGCCGACUUCACCACCUGCAUCGAGAACGAAGACGCCAAGCCCAAAGUGUGCCUGGUGGCUGGAGUGGCCAUGAUCAUCGCCGGCCUGCUCCUAAUCAUCCCUGUCAGCUGGACCGCCAACAACGUAAUCAAGAACUUCAACAACCCGCUGGUGCCCGCUGCCAGCCGGAGGGAGCUGGGGCCCUGCAUCUUCAUCGGCUGGGCUGGUGGGAUCCUCCUCCUGCUGGCUGGUGGUCUGCUGUGCUGCUUCAGCCGACCUCGCUCCGGCAGCUCAGGAGGAACCGCCAAAUAUUACAGCAACAGUGCCUCCGCCCCCAGCAAAAACUACGUGUAGAGGGGUGGUCUUAGGGUGUUUAUUGGCAGGUAGGGGUGUAAAGAUGGUGGUGACUGAACUGCGUUGAUUUUGGAAUGUUAAAUUUGAUUAUUGUGAACAAAGAAAGCCCCCAAAAAGUUUUUAUAGCAAUACUGAGUCAAAUUAAAUUGAAUCAUAAUUUACUUUUUAUAUAUAUUAUUUUUUUAUUUACAGCCAAACCAAACAAUGGCUGUUCCAACAUACCUGUUAGAACAUGGUAAAAUGGUCCUAAUUCUUCAAUAGUGUGGAAUGGGACAUAUUUACACAUCCUUAUUACAGUAUACAUACAUAAUGUACUAGUCAAAAGUUUGGACACACCUUAAAUUCAGUGUUUUUUCCAAUAUUUUAAAAUGUCAAACAUUAUAGAUUAAUACUAAAGUCAUUCAAACUAUGAAGAAAAACUUAUAGAACUAUUUAGUAACCAAAAAAGUGUUAAACAAAAAAGAGUAGCACCUCUCGUCUCAGUCAGCUUUAUGAGUUAGAGUCACCUGGAACAGCUUUUAGUUAACAGCUGUGCUGAACUUAUCUACAGUCGGUUGGUAAGAGAGUUUGUUUACAGUGAAUAUCCCUAUUUAAGUACUGUUCUAAUCCAUAUAAUGUCAAGAAAUACUUUAGUCAACUAAGUAAAGAAAACAAAUACUUUAAGAAAUAAAGAUCAAAUUUAUCUGAAACAUUUCAUGAAUUUAGAAAGUAUCCUCAAGUGCAGUCAUAAAGACCAUCAAAAACAUUAUGAUGAAACUGGCUCUCAUCAGGACUGCCCCAGAAAAGAAAGACCAAGAGUUUUCUCUGUUGCAGUUUAUUAGAGUUACCGGCCUUAGAAACUGCAAGUUAACAGCACCCCAGAUAAGAGCGUACUAAAUGCUUCACAGAGUAUUUUGGUUUAAUUAACACUUUAAAGUUACUACUUGAUUCUUUAUGUGUUCCUUUAUAGUCUGGAUGACUUCAGCAUUAAUUUACAAUGGUAACAAUUGUUGACUGAUAGUGUAUAUAUAUAUAUAUAUAGAUAUAUAUAUAUGUAUAUAUAUAUAUAUACGACAAACAGCUACACAGCAAUAUGCUAGAAAUAUGCUCCCUAAUUUAAACCUAAAGAGGUGCCCUGCGUGACGGUUUUCUUUAUAUUAGCCAAAAUUCCAACUUAAUUAACGUAAUCUUCUUUUUUUUAUAGAAACGUGAGGGUUUAAAUACAGCGCACAAUUGUUAUAACCCAGAUCAACUUGUUUAGAGACAAGAAUUAGCUAAAUUUCACUGUGCAUCCCUAAUUGAGGAGCUUUGUAUAGAAAUGAGAUAAUUAUCCCGUCCUUAAAGAAUGAAUAUCGGGGACAUAUUGAACAAAGGAAAUCGAAACAUUCAGUCGAUUUGAUUCAGUAGAUAUGAAAUCACCACCGAAGUCCAUAUAGAUACAUAUAGAUCUGUAAAUAUUUGUUCAGCUCAUGUUUUUAUUCUUUGUAUUCUGUCCUACAUGUUUUUUUUAAAUAUAUAUAUUCUUCUGUACUUCUUAACAAGCUGCUGCUGUCAUGAGAAGACCUUCAGUCUGAUAAGUGUGUUUGAUUCUUAUUCAUGCUCUCUGGUGAUUUGAUGACUCUGGGGGUUAAAGAUAAUAAUUAAAUGUGGUGUUGUGGAUAAGAGGUGUUUUCUCAGGACAGCAGUGUAGUGUUAACACUAUGCUAUAAUCAUAUCGUGUCUAAAUGUGUGUUUGGUCUCUUGUUUGUGCUGGUGGUGCGGGUAAAUCUGUCCAAUUGAGCAGCUAACGCCAACACGAGUAGCUAAAUGUCCAAACAUCGAUCAGCCAUAACAUUAAAACUGAUGAGUGGUGAGGUGAAGAAUGUUGAUUAUGAUGGUUCUAAUGAUAUAAUAUAUACCUGUUAGGCAGCAAGUGAACAGUACGUCAGUGAAUCUCCAACAUUUGAUAGAUUUGUUGAGAAAGAAAGAGCAACCAGUUGAAACAAGACCUAUUUUGGCAACAUACACAAUAAAUAGGCUGGUGGUUUUAAUGUAAUGGCUGAUGGGUGUAUGGGGUGAUUUAGCACAUUGAACGCUGGUCAGAGAUGUUGUGUACAAAGGCAGCCUCAGGUCAAAUAAACAUUUCAAUAACUGUUUUUUAAUCAGCAGGGAAAUAACGUGUUAUUAAGCUCUUAGAUCAUAAUUAAUUAGGAUUAUAAUAAAGUGACUAUAAAAACAGACUCAUUGCAUUUUACAAUGAAUUGUAAUGUCAUACUAUUUUGUCUUGUUAAAACAAUGGGCCUCAUUAUAUAUUUGUAAUAAAAGCCAAUUUUUCUCA